CGCACUUGUGUGAACACAAACUGUAAACAUUUGUUUUGAAUUAUCUCGAUAUUAACAAUUGUACCAAAUGCCGUGCGAAAUUUCUAUAAAAUACAAUAUCAACCACUGAUAUUGCUAUUUGAUCUAGUAAAGUGUUUUAAUCAUUUGGCGAGUGGUACACAAUUGCUCAAUGAAUAGCCUGGCAAAGAUUUCUAAGUCGCUUAGCCACUUGUAAAAAUAGCGAUGGAGUUUUACGACGAUUCACCGGUUCAAUUGAAUUCAAUACGGCGGAUAGAUUUCGAUUAUGUUGAAGAGCCAGACAACACAAGUAAACCAAAAACAGACAAAUACGGCUUCACUGAUGGAGUGACAAAGACUGUUGAGGAAUCAUCACUGCCUUUGGAAGUCCUUCGUGAAAGAGAGCUAAAGUGGAUUAAAAUGACGAAGAACUGGGACAUGUGGAUGAAGAAAAACCAUCCCAAAGUGAAAGAGAGAUGUCGGAAAGGAAUUCCACCAGCAGUGAGAGGUUUAGUUUGGCAAAAUCUAUGUGGAGCAAAUAAACUGAAGGAAGCCAAUCAUGGAGUAUUUGCUAAUCUGAUCUCUCUGUCUUCGGAAUGGGACCAGGUUAUUGUCAAAGAUCUUGAUCGGACAUUUCCAUUUCACGACAUGUUUUCAAAACCUGGUUCUGGGCAAGAGGACUUGCAUCUUGUUUUAAAAGCCUAUUCUUUGUAUAAUACAGAAGUUGGCUAUUGUCAGGCCAUGGCUCCAAUAUCUGCUGUUUUAUUAAUGCAUAUGACCACGGAGGAUGCGUUUUGGUGUUUGGUCUCGUUGCUUGAGAAAUACGUUAAAGGUUAUUAUGGCGAAAAGCUAGAGGCUGUUCGUCUUGAAGGCGAAAUAUUUAAAGGAUUACUUCCCAAAGUUCUUCCUUCUGUGGCAAGGCAUAUGGAAAAGUUUCACAUUGAUCCAUUGAUGUACAUGACUGAGUGGUUCAUGUGUCUAUAUUCUAGAAAUCUUCCAUUUGCGUCUGUCCUCAGAAUAUGGGAUAUGUUUUUUUGCGAAGGUGUGAAGGUGCUGUUUAGGACAGCAUUUACCAUUCUAAAACUUACUCUAACACCGACAGUUUUGAAAGAAUGUGAAGGGGUGUUUGAAACGAACGAUAAAUUGCGAAACCUUCCAAAGGAUUUAAUUCAGGAAGAUCACUUGAUUCCUGAAAUUUUAAAUCUUGAUUUACCUGGGAAGUUGAUAGAAAGGGAACACAAAUCUCGUGAAAAGAAGAACAGAGAAAUUGUUGUGAGAUGACGACGUUAGAGUGUCUAAAAACAAAUUUUUAAAAAAUUGAACUGUUCAAACAUCAACAAAUAUCUUGUAUAUCUUACCCGAGUCGUUAGGCAAUCUAUGCGUCGUACUCCCCUUGUCUAUUAUGUUUAUACACCAUUCGCUCUUUAUAUCUCCCACUUAUGGACCAAAGGUGGAUUUUAUUUGCGUGUAAAAAUAAUCGUGUAAAUUAGUAUUUAAUUGUUUGAUUGGCAUUAUCUAAAGAAAUAUAACAAAGUUUUUUUUUGAUAUUCAAAAUCCAUUACAUCGGAUCCUUGGAGUCCGAACAAUGAAAUCUUUCUUUCUUAAACCUUAAUCUUCUUAAUCUUGGAGUUAGCAUAUUUUAAUAAAAAGAAUCAAUAAACUUUUAUUGAUGAAUUUAUUAA